AUGUCUCCAAAUCGGACUUUUGAAGCUCUCCCAUCUUUCCCUCCAAGGUUUGCUGUUGCCAAAAGAAAAGAGGCUAUUGAGUUGAGAAAGACAAUGAAGCCACUGAUGGAAAAAAAAAGGCGUGCGCGUAUCAAUGACAGCUUGAACCUGUUGAAAAGCCUCAUCCUGCCCCUCACAGGCAGAGAUAAAUUUCGCUACUCCAAACUGGAGAAAGCUGACAUCCUCGAGAUGACUGUGCGCUUCCUCAGCGACAUCCCACCUGUCAACACCAAAAACUCAGCAAACAGUUACAGAGAAGGUUACAAAGCCUGUCUCCAGCGCGUCUCCGCUCAGCUCCCCAAAACGAACUUGGAUCCAGACGCGUGCCAGCGAGUCACCGACUUCAUCCACAAAGCUCACUCCACUCCGAGCUGCCUGAACUGCCGCGCCCAGAGCUCCAGGUGCUUCCCUCAGAUGCACCAAAAACUCCUGAACCUGAAGUCCAGCUUCAGAUCCAGCCUGGGGGAGCAGCAGUCCCGCAGCGGAGCAGCAGCAGCACCCUGCAGGGUGCAGUCAGGCCCGGAGCCGCGCAGCUCUGUGUGGAGACCCUGGUAG